AUGGUGGACCUGGACGUCGCGUACCUGGACGCGGAGGUGUACGACGACGACGAGCCCGGGUUCCAUCCCCUGGACGACGACGACUUCGGGCGCGGGGAUGGCGCGGACGCGAGCGCCCCGGCGCGCGAGCCGUCGUCCGCGUCGCUCCUUCACGCGUCGCAGUUCGGCUCGACGAUGCACGCGGACGAGGCGUCGUCGUACGCCCUCGACGGGUCCUACGCGACGUGCUUCAGCGAGGCGUACCUGAAGUCCCUCGCCGGGUGCGACGACCUCACGACGUGCGCGACGCUCGAGAUGCGCGCGGACUGCACGAGGGAGGACCUCGGCGGCGUCGGGCGCGCGAUGCCGUCGCUCGCGAGGCUGCGCAUGAGCAACUCCGUCGCGCCGUCGAUGCGGACGUUCGGGAGCGCGUUCCAGAGGCUCACCGUGCUGUGGAUCUCGCGGUCGGGCCUGGAGGACCUCGCCGGGAUCGGCUCGCUGCUCAGGCUGCGCGAGCUCUACGCGUCGUACAACGAGGUCGCGGACGUGUCGCCGCUCGCGGAGCUGGACGAUCUGCGCGUCGUCGACCUCGAGGGCAAUCGCGUCGCGGACCCGGACGCGCCAGAUUACCUCGGGAUGUGCCCGAAGUUGACGUCCGUGACGCUGGAGGGGAACCCGCUGUCGCGCGUGAAACACUACCGGCGACUCGUCGCGCGCGCGAUGCCUGGUCUGCGCGCGCUGGACGACGUCGACGUGUCGGAGGAGGACCGGGCGGCGAUCGUCGGCGACGCCGACGCGGGGGGGAAAGAAAACGAAAACGAAAACGGGCGCGGCGAUCGAAAAGGCGGAGUAGGAGACGGCGAGACGUCCGACGCGGAGAUGGCGAUGGUCACCGAGGGGAUCAAGUACGCCGCGGUCGGGAUCGACGACCCGGACGCGGUUCUGACGCGAGACGCGUUCACCGGCGAGCUCUCGAUCGAGCUCGCGGAGGACCCGCUGGGAGGGGACGAGUUCGGCUUGGACGCCGCGCCGCCGCUGGAAGAUCAUCUGAGUCGGAUGGCGUCGCGACCGCCGCCGCGGCCGGGGAGCAGCCAAGGCGGCGGACCGAGCCGCCCGAGCAGCGGUGCGAGCAGCGCGGGGAGCGGGAUGCACGACAGCACGAGCGCGCUCGUGCGCUGUAACUCUUUAGGCGCGACCGUUAGGACGAACUCGCGGCCGAACACGGCGGCUUCGAACGCGUCCGGGGGGGGAUCCGCGCGAGGGUGGUCUUCGCGCCCGGGCACGGCCGCGUCGAUCGCGUCGACGUCGUCGUCGAGGCCCGGGACGGCGACGAGUGGGAGGCCCGGGACGGCGACGAGCUGGCGGAGCCGCGCCGCGAGCGCGCGGAGCCGGCCGGGGACGGCGGCGUCGAGCGGCAGCGGCGGCAGCGGCGGCGGCGGAUGGGGCUCGAGGCCGGGGACCGCGAUGUCCGCGGGGGACGUAUACGGACGCCCAGAGAGCGCGGACUCGCUGUUCUGGAGGAAGAACCGAGUGAAAGAGUCCCGCGCGGGGUUAUCCGACCGCGGGGACACCGCGAACGGGUGGGGGUUCGGCCUCGGCGACGGCGGCGGCGGCGGCGGCGGCGGCGGCAGCACGUUGACCGCGGGCGAGGGGAUCGUCGUCGGCAACCCGACGAAGCUGUUAGCGCGGCGGAAGCGCGAGCGCGCGGCCGCCGCGAACGCGAACGGCGCGGACGCGACGAACGCAGAAGCGGGCGGAGAAGCGGGCGGAGCGCGCGCGAACGAGGAGGAGGACAUAUUGACGUCGCUGCGGCGGUGGAAGAUCGAGAUGGCGGAGACGUUUUCGAGGAGAGGGCUCCUCGGCGCGGACGAGCUGGAGUUUGCGCGCGAGCCGCCGCCGCUGGAGUACAAGUACGAGCUCGAGCCUGAGCGGGGCGUCGCAGAGCCGGCGGCGACGCCGUCGGCGGCGCCGGCGCCGCCGAUGGACCUUCCAACGCCUCCGAAGUUUACGCCGCAGCCGCCGCCGCAGCCGCCGCCGAGGGGGGCGAUGCGGCCGCAACCGCCGUCGGGGCGGCCGCGGGGGCCGAGGCCGGGAGGACCUGGGGCGGGGAGGAGCGCGAAAGCGGUGUCCGCGGCCGACGCGGCCGCGGCGCUGGCGGCGCCUCCGCCGAAGAGGGUCACGGAAUCGAGCGCCGGCGGCGUGGACCGACUCGUGUUCGACUGA